AUGCCCCGUGAUGUACACAAUCCCGAAAACUGUAAAGCCUGUAUGCUGAACAUCAAGCGUAGCAAGACAUCGGAUAGAUCCCAGAAGAUGCCUGACCAAUUCCCAGAUCCCACUCAGAUGGUUCCACCAGCCGAGGACGAACCAGAACCCGGAGAACACAGCAAGCCACCUUCGAACCUCUCAUUUCAAUUCGUUUUCCUUUUGCAUGUUCCGUUAGACCCUAUCAAGCCGUUCUAUUAA